AUGACGUACAACGGGCUUGAGACGUGCAUUCUCAACAGCCAAUCGUAUGAGAAUGAGAGCAGAACGAGCAGGUGCAUGAGUGACUCGUUUGACGAGGAUGACUUAGCCUCCUUCUCCACUACCACUAACCCCUUUGGCUCCUUUUCCUCUCUCAAUAAAGACAAGUGGGCCCCUAUGGCCAAGUGCCUCAACCUUAACGAAAAACAAAAGCACUACAUUUCAGCUCGGUUUUUGGAUAUCGACAUAAUGAAGGAGAAGUUCGCAAAGUUGUUGCUCGGCGAUGAUGUCACGGGCAAGGCUCGUAGUGUUUCGGCUGAACUUGCGCUUUCGAAUGGUGGAGUUGGUAUACUAACAAUAUUCUCACAGUUGGCGUGCUUACAAUCGGCCCAAAAGCUUUCGUCGUCUCCCAGAUGGAUAUCCGACCAUUCCUUCUCUAACUUCAGGAUGUCUGACUCCAUGUCAAAUGACCAUAAGCCAUGCACUGUAAACCUCGAUUCUAUCGGUCUUCUGCAAGGCGUCGACGACAACCCUGACCCUUCGACAACCAGAGUACCCUUUAUAUCAACACCAGCUUGGGACAAGGUUAAGAAGAAGCAUAUACGCAACCAUGGAUACUGGCAACUUGUACUCACCUGGGGUCCUGCCAGGGUUGUCGUCGACGCCUUGCAGAACACCGAUAGAACCGAGGAUUCACUAGACUCAAUGGUGGAUACUGAGUUUUGGUACACUAAGGUUGGCAGUGAAGCAGAAGUCGGCCUCUCGAACAUUGACAGGAAGAGAUUGUUGCAUAAGGGUAAAUUGGUAUAUCAAGUGUUCAAAGCUGCAAAGUCGAUAAAUGAAAAUAUCUUGGCUGCGAUGCCGAUUCCUGCUGUCGUCAAGGAUUCACUCCCAAAGUCUGCAAAGGCGAGCCUUGGAGAAGAACUCAACAAAAUACUAAAUGCCGAAUCUCUGCCCCAUGAGGAAAUGGCCUGGAUGGAGAAAAUUGCCGGUCAAGUCAACAACAAGUCAACUGUUCAGUCAUCAUGGCCUUUUGCAAAGGAUUCACAUUCCGAGCUCGAUAGAUUCGAGUGGUUAGUGAACCGGGCUGAGUUGCUCGUGCAUCAGCUCAAGAUUAAGUAUCCGAAUCUGCCUCAGACUUUUUUUGAUGUGACAAAAAUACGAUACGGCAAGGAUCUGGGACACUCGGUUCUAGGAGCCUACUCGCGUGUCCUGUUCAAUUUAGCAUUCAGGAUUCUGUCCCGAAUAGGGGAUAUUUUACAAGAUGUGAUGAGCAAUCCAAAUUCACCUGCUGCCAUGUCAGCUCUCAUGGGAGCUAAAAUCUCGGGAAUCUCAGAUAGCCCUAUGCUCGAUCGCUUGUUCAUCAACUCAACUGUGCCGAUGGCAAAAAACGGGUAAUUUUUUCACGAAAUUGAUGGAGUCAAAUGUGGAGUAUUGGGACAGAGGCUUUAUUAUCUGCUGAAAUUUCCUCUUGACUAAGACUAAUGAUGAUUGCCUUUUGUUCAAUGUGUGUAUACUGUAUCAUCUGAAUGUGAUUGUGUCCUGCUCACAAAGGAUAAUUAUGACUUAAGAAUGUCAGCCAAACCUUUUUGAACGAAAAUGUGAUAUUCGUAUGUAACUAAUAUAUUGAGCUCAGAAUUUCAUUCGUUGCUAUUUUCAUUGUAUGCAUCUCACUUCUAAUGACCAACUUGGCUUGAGGUAAAUUAUUGUGAUCAUGA